ACAAGCCUGUAAAGAGGAUAGGGCAAAGAGAACUCAUUUCCAAUGCUGUUCAUCCAUUCUCUGUGGGCUAUCUGAAAAUGCAUAGACUCAUCCCUUAGCUGUCUGUUUCUCUAGUCUUGUCUGUCUGUACCUCUGUGCUUCCCUGGCACUACUUGUUUGCCAUUCUGCCAUAGAUUCCAUCUGAAAUGACCCCCAAAGGUCCAUGUGUCAAUGGGUUGGUUGCCAGGCUAUGGCACUAUUUGGAGGUGGUGGAACAUUGAAGAGGUUGGUUCUGGUUGGAGGAAGUUUGUACUCUCCAAAGAGGUAUGAUUGGGACUCUACUCCCUUUCUGUUGUUUUUUUUUUUUUUUUUUUUUUUUUGUUUGUUUGUUUCCUGGCCACCAUGACAUAAAUAGGCCUCCUCUACCACAUGCUCCCAUCAUCAAAGCAGCUAGGCCACAUGACCAUGUACUGAAACCUGUGAAUCUGUGAGCCAGAAUAAAUCUUUUCUCUUUUUAAAUUGAUUAUCUCAAGUAUUUUGUUACAGUGCUAGAAAGCAGACCAUCAUGUCCUUUUUCUCAGAACCCAGACCUCACCUUUGGGACCUGGCUGCAGUGUCACUGAACAAUGUAGUUUGGCAACCAUCUAGGGAACCAAAAUGAGAUCUACACCUUUAUCUUGACAUCUCGCCAAAUGCUGUGGAACCUUAGAAGGAGGAAGAUGUCUUUCGAGUGCUUUCCUAUGAGGAGGCCAUGGCCAGUUCAGAGUCCUCGCUGUUCACAUCCCUUGGUCCCAGCCCUGAUCUUGGAGAUGUUUAAGUGGAGCUGAAGUGCUGGUUCAAUGAGGAAUUCAAGUUUAUGGUGCUGCCUAUGAGCUAUGCAGUUGUCUUUGUCCUGGACCUGGGCCUCAAUGCUCUCUGGCUCUUCCUCUUGCAACUCUGACCCUGGAAUGCAAUAACCACCUACAUGUUCCACUUGGCAUUGUUAGAUACCUUGUGUGUGCUGUCACUGCCUACCCUCAUCUAAUAUUAUGCAGCUUACAAUCACUGGCCUUUUGGCACUGGAUUCUGCAAGUUCAUCUACUUUCUUUUCUAUUGGAACCUGUACUGCAAUGUCUUCUUCCUCACCUGCUUCAGUGUGCAUCGCUACUUGGGCAUCUGCCACCCACUGAGGGCACUACACUGGGGUCUCCCUCACUUUGUAGCCCUUCUCUCUAUAGGAGUUUGGUUGAUGGUAGCUGGCUUCCCUGUGCCCAACCUGUUCUUUGUCACAACCAACACCAGGAGGACCACCAUUCUGUGCCAUGACACCACUCAGCCUGAUGAGUUCCACCACUACAUGACCUUUAGUUCAGCAGUCAUGGGGUUGCUCUUUGGCUUGCCCUGUUUGAUCACUCUUGUGUGCUAUAGGCUUGUGGUCCAUCGCCUGUAUCAUCCCUUGCCAGGAUCUGUGCAGUUAUCUUGUCUCUGUUCUCUUCACACCAUCACUGUGGUCCUGAUUUUCUUUGCUGUCUGCUUUGUGCCUUUCCAUAUCACCUGCACAAUUUAUUAUCUGGCAAGGCUACUGGAAAUUGACUGUCAGAUUCUGAACAUUGUCAAUGUGGCCUACAAAGUGAAAUGGCUGCUGGCCAAUGCCAAUAGCUACCUGGAUCCAGUGCUCUACCUGCUCACUGGGAACAAGUACCGACACCAGUUCCAGUAUCUCUGCAGUGGUGGCAGACCCCAGCCCUGCACAGCUGCCUCCUCUCUGGUGCUGGUGUCUACCCCUGAAGAUGGCAGGUGCAGGUGCUGAAAGAGGGUACAAUCUCAUGAAACCUGUGUUCCAAGGCUCCACAAGCUACUGGAGGUGUGGCACUAUGGAGCUGGUGAGUAGCCAGGAGGGUGGGACCCUAAGGAGCCUAAAGGCACAGGACUCAAACUGACAACAGACUUUGGAACAGGAAUGAGAAUUGGUCACCUUUCUGAUGUUUGCUGAGAAUAUGUUUGAUAGCUCUCCUAUCCUUAAUGAAAGAGUAGGUGGUUCAGAUUGAGAGAGAGUAACUCCUGAGUCAAUGGCAGGGGUAUAGUAGGUUUAUGCAGAGCAGGUGGAAGUGUCAGGAAUUGUCCAGAACAUACUCUUCCCUUGUGUCUGUCCUUUCUCUAGACUUUACCCAGAUAAAUGAUAAAUCUCCUUCACAAUAGACUUUAGGAUUUGGAGAACAGGGAGGGGCACUGGGUCUAGGAUGAUCCCUUUAGAACUUCUCACCUGUCUCACUUGUCUCUUUGUGCAACACUCCCUUAGCACUUAUGGAUUUAUAGGAUUGGAUGAGAACACAGAAGUCACGAAGCUACCUCCUAAACCUUGGGAAAUGAGAAGUUCUUUGGGAUUUGUGGGAAGGGUAGGCUUAUACUUCCUCUGAAAUUGUCUUCUAUCCAGUUGAUCUUCUGGGUCAGAUCCAAAUCUUGCCUUUCUUUCAUCCAUGCUUGCUGACUUGUCUCCAAACUCUUACUUGUCUAGGGAUACCAAAUUCUUGCUGGGUUCUAAGAAGUCUCUCUGUCUAGAUAGUUGGAUUGGGGCUGCAUUGCAUAAAAAUGACUUUAGUACCCCUUCAACCCUUUUUCUUUCUUUGAAGAGCUCCUUCUUUCUCCCUAGAUAUCUGAGACCCUCCUUAUUUAGGGACCCUGCUAUUAAGAGUGAAUGAACUGGCCUUGUCCACUGCUUACCAUUUUCCAGGCUCAUGGCUGCUGCCUAAGCUCCUCCUCAUCUACAUUCUCUCCCUUUAACCCUUCACCAUUUUUUACCUUCCAGCCAAGCUUGGUAAGCCUGCUCUCUCCAUCACUUCUGCUUAAUGGAGACUAUCUGCCUAAUGGGCUACUGCAGGGCUGCCUUUCCUUGUACUCCAGCUUUAGUUAAACAUCUUGGCUUGCACCUGGGGCCAAUGCUAAAGGUUGGUUUAAUCCACUAAACUUUUACUUCCUGGAACUUCAUCGUACCUUGCUGCAUUUCUAGCAAAUGGUCUAUAGUGACUGUUUCAUGUCUUUUUCUCCUUCUCUGAGCCCCAACUCCACGCUAUCCUUGUGAUUGCUUAGGCAAGUUACCUCAUGUCUUGCAAAAUAGAGAGGAUGUAAUACCUCAGCUUCUCUCCACUUCAUUCACAGUAAUCCUGCUUCUUUAUUUACCUUGUCUUUUUUCCCUGCAGUCCCAGAAAAAGAGUAGGAUAUUCUUUCUUGUUCUUUUAUUAUCUCUCUUCAUUGUUCUUAGUCUCUUCUAUCACUGAUUCCAUAGCAUCUUGAAAACAACAAGCACAAAGCAUUGCCACUGAUAUCUUAACCUUGCUAUUUCUUCAGCCUAUUCAUCUUUAUUCAUUUCAUUAUCCAGUUCCUAGACAGAAUUCCAUAAACCCCAAUUCAUCAACAAAAAAUCACUCCUUAACUCUCUGGACCUGAUUUUCUUCUUACUUUCCUGCCCUUGCCAGAACACAAAUUACCUCUUAAGCAAGAACUCUAAUGAUCUAUUCUCUGUAUUUCUCUUUGAUAUAUUUCAUUUGAUUCUGUUGCAUGGACUCUUUGAAAUUUUUUAAAAGUAAAAAGAGGACUUAAGUAUCUCAUUGGAGCAAUAUUAAAGGCAAUUUUCAGAGGAAAUAUAUACUUUUAAACUCUACAAAAUGAUUUUCAUUUGUUCAUGUUCUAAAUUUUGUCAGUUUGCACACAGAUAUUUGAUGUAUUUUAUUGAAGCAGGCAUAAUAAUAUGUAUCUUUUAAAUUCUGCUUUAAAUGUUUUAUUGUAAAUAGCCUCCCUGCCAGCACAGUCUUUUGUAUUUAUAAUUUCAAUAGUCACAUAAAAUUAUUUCUAUCAGUAGGUUAUUUUUUGACUUUUGUUUUCUGUGUCUUGAAAAUCUUAAUGUAUAUGAAUUUUUUCCUUUGUAAUUCCAAGUUUCGAGGAAUGGGAUUAUCAUACUACAGAGCACGAAUGCUUUUAUGGACCAUGAUUUUUGAAAUGACUGCACAGACUUUCAAUGUCAUGACAGAUGAAUGUUCCAGUUCCCUUGCAAUUUCAACAUCAUACUUUAUAAGAAAUAUUUUUGGAUGGUUAAAAAAAUUUUGUUAAUUCUUUUUUUAGUUUAACUUUUAAAAAUCUUUUAUUAAGUACAUAUUUGCAGAACAUAAUGAUUACAUUUGUUAUGAAGAGUUGGUACAUGUACAUAACACAUCUUAAUUCUUUUUAUGUCUGCCUUCUCUCCUCUUUUUCUUCUCUCCCUCCAUCUCUUGGUAUGCUUUCCAUUUGCUUUGUAAUUUCAUGUCUAUGAUUAUUCAUGGAAUUGAACACACUUUCCCUUAUAUUUGUUAUUUACAUUCUUCUCCAGUUGGCAUUUUAGUGGUAUUCUUAUAACUAAAUGUAGAUUUUUAAAAUAUAUGCAUUAAUCUUUUGCUAUAUUUGAUAUAUUUAUCCUAUUUAUUUUAAUACCUUUAGUUUUCUAUUUUAUCCUCUUGAUUUACAAUCAUUUUCCUGCUGCUUUCCUCUUUCUAUCUCCUGUCUCCUUUGUUGAUAUUUUUUCUUUUUUUAAUUUUUUUUUUUUAUUUUGAAGGUAGUAAAAUACCACAGAACAAAGCCAGUUGAGACAGUGUAGUGAAACUGGUAUAGAACUUCACAGCAGGUUACUGGGAUAACAGUAAUAGGUAUCACAGUAUAUCUCAUUAUCUUCACAAUGGUUGUUCUUUCAAUCAUGUAUAGCAAAAUAAAAUGAAAUACAGAACAUUAUAGAACUUAUCAAAACAGAAUAUUGAAUAGAGCAGUACCACUCAUCAGAAUAAAGCAAAACAGUAGUAAAAAUAUUUGCCUUCAAAGAGAUUGUAGAAGGAAAUCCCCCUUAUUUGCUAUAUUGCAUAUGGUCAACCUCUCAACAUAUGCUCAGAUCUCUGGUUCCCAUUUGCUUAUGGGUGGCAGGGGAAGUGGGAUGUUUGACUCUCAGCCUGUGCACCUGUAGGCUCACUAUUGCUUAGCAAGGAGGCAAGCUGGUUGCUUGGUUUCCCAGUGUCCUAAAUUCCAACAUGGCAUAGAACUCAGGAGAUGCUGGUGGUUUUCCCCCUGGAGGGGCCACAGCCUGCCACAACAUAGCCACUUACCAGGGAGGCCAGCAUUUUUCCUUCCUUCCUAAGUGAACAGACUUCCUGAGCUCUGUCACAGGGGAUUACUUGAUAACUGUCCCUCAUCAGAUUAUGGAUUUUUUUUAGAGAGAACAUAUAUCCAAGUGAAUAUUUUUCAUUGACUCAUGGUUCCUUGAGAAUACCUGAGAGAUCAUGCAGGGCCUGAGCAGUCCUUUACAUUCUAGGUGAAAAAACAGUCUCUGACAGAUGACUUACCUGUGACCUACCAAAUUAAGGCCAGAGGAGAGGCUGGAUCCUAGGUCUCCUGAAUGUCAUGGUUCCUUUCAUUCCACCAUGCCAACUCACUUCUAAGCUUGAUCUUUCUCUUUCUCCCAAGCUCCACUUUUAUGCUGCACUUGCCCCCUUGGACAGUUUCACUUGGAUCUGACAUUGGUAUUUCUAACUCAAGAUAUGAAAAAUGAAACUGUCUGGACCAGUUCUUCUUGCAGUUUGGCUCAUUUCUGCUCAUGACAUUUUCUGUCUUCAACUCACUUAGAACUGAAAACUCCCAGGUAACUUCCACUCUUCUUUCUCCCAGUAUCACCAGAUUCUGACAUUGCUUUUUGUGGCUUUCUGAUUUCAUUUGAGCUUCUUUUAUGGUUCCAGUGUUGCCAUUUCAGUACCAGCUCUGGUUUUUUACCUGACUGAUUCUCAUAGAUUUCUAACUGAUCCUUAUCUCUGAUCUCUUUUUACACAAAUGCAUUCUACAUGAUGCACAUUGCCAGAUCAACUUGCUCCAAUGCUCUUGUCAGAAUUUCAUUCCCUUACUCAAAACUCUUUCAUGGCUCUCUAUUGUCUACAAAUCAAAAUCUUUUAGUCAAAAAAUUUAAGAGGACUUAUUCAAUCUUAUUUACCAUUUUUCCUAAAUAUAAGUCUCUCUUCUCUAAGACUUCCAAAAAUAAUUUAACAAUUUAUUUUUCAAAUGACCAAAUAAUUUGAAUGAAAGAAAAAAAGUCUCUCUAAGCUAGUCUCUUCUUUCUUUCUGCAAAUGGGACUUAAAAUUUUUCAUCUCUGUACUUUAUUCUGUCUCCACCACUAGAAUGCUCUCCCUUUGGUCUCCUGCUAUCCUUUUCUUACCCAGUUUCCAAGACUAGAUUUCAGUCUCACUUCCUCUUUAAGAUCCUAUAUACUGCUGUUUACCAACAAUGACCUUUCUGGUCACUCCAACGGUAACUGUUGCCUAUGUCAGUCACUUGGCACUUUUUAGUACCUUUUAACAUUACUCAUACUAUUAUCUUUAUUUGCUAUUUACUUCUUCACCUGUUGAAUUGCUAAUUAGUUUUUCAUCUUGAAUUCUUGCCCAUAAAUCCCUUGAGUUACUGUAGUAGAAAGGAAAGAACAUAAGACUGAAAAUCAAAAGACCUAAGCAGAACUCUGAUGCUGAAAGUGGAGCUCAAGUGUGUCACUUUGGAUGAGUCACUCAAACUGUCUGACCCACAAUUUCAUCAUCUGUAAAAUGAAGAUCAUAAUCUAAGCCUUAAGUACUUUUUCAGAUUUUAAUGAGGCUCUGCAAGUCUGGAGAGCUAAGUAAAUAUAAAUGAUUGUUAUCCUGUUUGCUUAAUAAAUGGUGUGUGAUAUAUAAUGA